AUGACGCCGUUUCCGGGCGGCGCGCGAGAGCUGCGGCUGCAGUUUGACAGCGGCGGAGUUGCGACGCGCGUCGGCGGAGUUUAGUUUUACAUUGAAAUGAUAUAAAUUCUGUUCCGCUGCAAUGAUCGCGCUGACAGCACCGCCACCGGAUCACUGACGCCCCGAGACGCGAUGUUUGACGCGCGCUGGCUGCCGCAGUUAAAGGCUGAUGUGUGAUCGGUUCUGCUGUGGAUCAACAUGAUGGACAUGGAGAAGCUCUACAGCCCUCCGUCGCCGCUGGACCACUGCGAGCUGGACUUCAUCGGGGGAAUUAAAGACCUUCAGUCCAUGGAGGAGGACGCUCUCGGCAGCUUGGAGGUGACCGAGAACCAGUCGUCGUGUCUGGGCUCCGGAUCAGAGAGCUCCACUGCGUUAGAUGCACUGACUCCGGCGUCCAGCCCGUCGUCGGGGGGGUACGGUGGCCCGGCGGGUCAGGACGAGUUCAGCUCCAGCUCUCUGACCCUGGAGUGUCGCGUGUGUUCGGACCGGGCGUCAGGAUAUCACUACGGAGUUCACGCGUGUGAGGGCUGCAAGGGUUUCUUCCGCCGGACUAUUCGCCUCAAACUGGAGUACGAUAAAUGUGAACGCCGCUGUAAGAUCCUAAAGAAGAACCGAAACAAAUGCCAAUACUGUCGCUUUCAGAAGUGCCUGUCUGUGGGCAUGUCCCACAAUGCCAUCCGCUUUGGACGAAUGCCACAGUCGGAGAAGCUGAGGUUGAAGGCAGAAAUCCUAACGGGAGAACGAGAGAUCGAGGACCCACAGCUGGCGGAUCAGAAAACCCUGGCCAAGCAAAUCUACGAGGCCUACCUGAAAAACUUCAACAUGAACAAAUCCAAAGCACGGAGUAUCCUGGCAGGCAAGACGAGCACACCUCCGUUUGUCAUCCACGACAUGGAGACGCUGCAGCUGGCCGAACAGACUCUUGUGGCCAAGAUGGUAGGCUCUUCUGGAGCGCUGCUGAAUAAAGACGCUGAGGUUCGGAUAUUCCACUGCUGUCAGUGCACUUCUGUCGAGACGGUGACCGAGCUGACUGAAUUCGCCAAGUCCGUGCCAGGAUUCUCAAACCUGGACUUAAAUGACCAGGUGACUUUAUUAAAGUACGGCGUCCACGAGGCGCUCUUCGCCAUGCUGGCGUCGUGCAUGAAUAAAGACGGUCUGCUGGUGGCGUAUGGCAGCGGCUUCAUCACCAGAGAGUUUCUCAAGAGCUUGCGACGGCCCUUCAGUGAAAUGAUGGAGCCCAAGUUUCAGUUUGCCAUGAAGUUCAACUCCCUCGAGCUGGACGAUAGUGACCUCGCACUGUUCGUCGCUGCCAUCAUCUGCUGUGGAGAUCGACCGGGUCUGGUGAACGUCCCGCACAUCGAGCGAAUGCAGGAGAGCAUCGUAAACGUGCUUCAUGUGCACCUCAAGAGCAACCAUCCCGACAACAGCUUCCUCUUCCCUAAAGUCCUGCAGAAACUGGUGGACCUGCGUCAGCUGGUGACGGAGCACGCUCAGCUCGUGCAGCAGAUCAAGAAGACAGAAGAGACUUCGCUGCAUCCCUUACUGCAGGAGAUUUACAGAGACAUGUACUGAGACUCCUUCGUCUGCUUGAUUUCUAGAAAAAGACUUGCUUGGAGAGGGCCAUUUCUCUCGAAACAAGUCCCCUCCAAGGCUACACUGUGAUCUUUUAUUAAUGUGAACCACUAUUUCGGGGUUUUCUGGAUGAAAACGGCAGGAACAUCAGGGCUCUUCGUUACCGCCGAGUUAAACAAUGGUUCCUGCGGUAAAUGAGAAAAACAAGACAAUGACAAUUAAAAUGCAUACUGUGGGUUUAGGAUCGCUUUUUACGGGGGAUAUUUUAUAAACACUUACUGGUCUCUUAGGCCUGAAACUGUGAAUAGAAACCAUAAAAUACAACUUAUUCAUACAGCAAUAUGAUUUUUUUUUUAUAUUGAUGCUGUAAGUUUUCAUAGUGCGUGCUUUAAAUCAGUUUUCACCCAAGUGACUUCCACACACACCUUCUGUAAUUAUUGAAACUGACCCUACUUUGUAACGCUACAGGGAUUUUUGCUUCGUCGUGAACACAGAACUAAUGUUUCUGAUCACGCAAACCUGGGAAGAACAGAAAUGUGACGCAGAAUAAUUCAUCUCAAACAUCGUCCAGCCAUCGUAUUUCAACAUUUGCAAAUGUCUAGCUCCUUCAUUUCCCCGAUAUUACAGUCUCAGUCCGUAACUGCAGUUUUCCAGUUAUUAAAUACAGCGCUUAAAUAUAAAACAGAUCAAUACCUCAUGACCUGUGACUUCUAUGCGCUCCGUGUUGUUUACAGUAAUCUACUGUUUAAAGGGCUAAAGUAGCGAGAAAACUACAAAUUCGAUCUACAGCAUUUAUACUCUGCACAAAAAACUGGAGUGAAAUGUAUUAAUGCAUUAAUAUUUGAUCGAACCACGCUCUCGAUGCAUGUUAAAGAUGCAAUAGAUCUGAAUCCAGGUGAUUUAAGAAGUUUUAGUUCUGGGCAUCAUUCUGUGUAGAUUUUCUUCCUCGUGAAUUUGUUUUACUUUUUUUUUUGCACAGUUGCUAAGAUGCAAAGCUAAGCAUGCUUUCUCUCCAGAAGUCAUUCUCGUCAUUUUCUCAGAACCGAAGUGCCUAGUCACAAUCUUAUUAUUCCCUAUAUAAACCAGAAACAGAAGCUAAUCGUAUUAAAUAUGUCUGUGUCAUAGCAGCUUUUGUUAAUGUAAACUCUAUGUGCAGUUAUCUGCAUUAAAAUGUUCUUGCGUAAGGAGCAUUUCCGAUGCUUUUCUGUAUAAACAUGCAUUAGACGGACGUUUAAGCAAAGCGCUUGCAUGUUUUACGCUGACUCUCACUUGAGAUUGCACUCAAGUUAAAACGAGUUUGAUUUAUUAAAUGUGUUUUAAGACCUUUUUUAAUACAGUACAGAAAGUGGUGUUUUAUGGUUUGUGUAACAUAAAUUUUGAGAUUGUGUAAAGAGCCAUUGUAAAAUCAAACUUCUAACUGGAUUCUCAGAAAUAUUAUGAAGACCCUAAAGGAACAUGGUGAUGAUGCAUAACAUAGCAUAGGAUAAUACAAAAAUAUUUGUUUGUUUGUUAAUUAUUAAUUUUUAACUCGAGAAAUUUUGAGUUCGAUCACAAAACUUAUCGUUCCUCCAUGAAACGUCACAAAACUUUAGUUAGUAUUGCGUUCCGCGAUCUCUUGCAUUGCACCAAAAAUCGACAUUUGCAUUAGCUCAUUAAAGUAUUGCGUUCCCCCAAUAAGUUUUGCGUUCUUUCACAAAACAUUUUUGUUCGCACAAAAUAUUUGCGUGUUUUUUGCUAAAGUUUUGUUUUCGUUCACAAAACAUUGCAAAGGGGAAAGCAAAUAUUUUACGAGCGAACGAACAUUUUUGCAAGUUGAUUUUGUUUUACAAGCAAACACAAAGCUCCUGGCGAAUACAGUACUUUAUCCAGCUUCAUCCGUAAACUCACUUUCCUUUGCAACCCUGUAAAUACCAGACACUUAAUCAAUGCAUCGUCUUUUUAAUAAAUGCUUUUAACACCUAAAGACAUUGUGUGCAUAGGUAUUAUGCACUACCGAGAUUAUGACCAUGCUGAUUGAAAUUGUCUUUUUACACUAAAGCAAAUGAAUCUUUAUUAAUUUAUAUAUAGCAGAUGUGAAAUCAAAUAGUUUUAUGCAGUGCAAUGUAAAUAUGAGGGAAGAUUUGUCAUCAAACGACAUUUGCAGGGGAAUUCAUCUCAUAUUUUCCACAUUCCUUUUUAAUUGAGCGUGAGGACCCGUGCAUUUCCACACUGAACAGAUUUCCAUUUGGACUCCAUCCUUCUCUUGACUAAUAUGAUGUUAGUGAUGAUUUUUAUGCAAGUUUGUUUCUGUCAUGGGAUGGAUAAAAAAAGAGACAAUUCUGAAAGAAUUAGCUAGUGUUAUUUUUUUCUCGUUUUUUUUUUUCCCAUUACAUAUUUUAGUAAUCAACCUAAUUUAAAAUAUAAUCUGAAAUCUUAAACACUCAAAAUUCCUAAAUUUUGAAACUGGAAAUUGCGUUCACAUGGAAAUAGUACCAGUAUUUUAUAACCAAUGCUUUUUCUAAUCUUGACAAAACACAUUUUCUCAAAGUUCCAUUUCAGGUCACUAAUUGUGGCAGAAAUUUAUGAAUUUGUGACCAGAAAAUGCAUCAAAGUGAGUUUUUUGUGUCACCUUGGUUGCUGUUUAUGUAUAGCACCUAAACAUAAUCUCACAGGAAACUCAACUUUGUGAGAUCAACUUCAAAUUUGGAACAUAACUUAGAUAGACAUAUGGCUUUGAUUUUAUAGCAAUUUUAGAUUACAAAAUAUUAUUAAAAUGUUUUACUGUAAGGAAUCCGUGUUCUUCCCAAACUCGCAAACCCAGAAUUCAGAGAGAGAGAGAAAAAGUAUAAACUGCGAGAUAUUUUGUUCAGAUUUCUGAGGAAAAAAGGCAGAAACUCUGUAAAUAUAAAUUCAGAAUAAUGAGAAAAUAAUGCGAAUAUAAACAAUUCAAAUUUAAAAAAGUCAAAAGUCAAAAAAGUCAAAAUUUUUAGAUAUAUACUCAAAACAUGAGAAUUGCAAGAUAUAAACUCAGAAUUCUGAGGCACAAAGUAAACAUAUGUAAACAGAAAAUAAAAUCUGAAUUGAA